AUGGAUCUGAACAUGGUUCUCCUGACCACCUUCUUCUCUGGCUGGCUGAUCUUCAUCGCACUCUUUGGGUGUGGGAUGUGUGUGAAGGUGACUGUACCACAGGAUCCGGUAAUGCAGCAGAGAGGGUUGAGCGUGGAACUGCCGUGCCAUUAUAAAACAUCUGUCGAGAAAAACUUUAUGCUGGAAUGGAAGUUUGCCCCUGGUUCAGCCUCUCCUGAUAACGAGAAGCAGAUUCUCUACUUCACAAAUAAUGCACUGUACAAACCAGGCUCUCAGAGUGAACGGCUAAGCCUCCUCCAGGAUCCUCCCACAUUGGGUGAUGCAUCCAUCCGACUGGCCGAUGUGCGCGCUUCAGAUGCCGGCACCUAUAUCUGUCAGGUGAACAAUCCUCCAGACUUCGAUGGAACUGGUGCUGGGCUCAUCCAAUUCACAGUUUUAAUGCCUCCAUCCUCUCCACUGUGUAAAGGGACCACCUCUGUUUCUGUGGGCUCGGAUGCUCACCUGACCUGCAGUUCUUCUGAAGGCGUGCCUUCCCCAAUUUAUUCCUGGACACGGCUGGAUCCCAAGACUCCACUACCUCUAUCCAACAUGGUACAAAAUGAGCAAACUGGGAAUCUGUUGCUGACAAACCUCUCACUGGAGUUCUCAGGGACGUAUCAGUGUGUUGCCUCCAAUGAAUAUGGACAGCAUAGCUGCCAGUUAUCUCUCCAGGUCUCAGGCAUUUCAAGAGCUGGAGCGAUUGUGGGAGCCAUUAUAGGAGUCUUCUUAGCCCUUCUGUUACUUGGUGCAAUAGUGCUCUAUUUCGUACGCUGUAGAAAGCAGAAGAAAAAGAAGCCCCAGUCCAUAUACAGCGGGAAUGAAAUCAGGGAAGAUGCCACAGCCCCAGGUAUCUCCGAGGCCUCCUUGCAGAGAAGAGACAGCCAGUCAGAAAGCCAUCUUCUGGAAAACAUAUCCUCCAGGCCUGCAUCUGCUAGCACUACUAAAUCCCAACUCAACCAUUUUCUUGUCUAAGCUUCCUCUGUGACUAGGGUGGUGGUUGUUUUUAACAGCAUGCUGUUUUAUUGCACAGAGGCUAUUUCCUCUGAAGACAUCACAGCAUCCAUUUUAGGACAUACUUUAUCUGCUGCUCCCGAUCUGCUUGCUAAUUAGAUUUCUGAGGGUUCCUCUGGAAUGUCAACCUGUUUGCUCAGUGUUUCAUCGCAAGAAGAGAAAAAUACUAGAGAGAAAAAUUGGAGUGGAGAAAUGGGAUUCAGUUUGCAUUUAAAGGGGAGCCUGCCUAAUUUGCACUUUCUGAAACAAUAUGUGAACCGAAACACAGCCAUAGGGAUAGAGGCCUUAACAUUUGAAAUCCUCUAAAUUUUGCAAUGCAGCUCUCCAGCCAUGUGUGCAAAAAUGCAAAUACUGGAGUAAAGGAUGCAUAAAAAUGCACACAGGAAAAAUAACAUACAAAACUGCAUGAUAUUGCUCUGCAAAAUUGCAUACAAAAAUGUGACGGAACUUGCUAUCCCACCCCAUAUAUACGGUCUGCCUAGUAAACGUCGCAAGACGUCACCUUAAGAGUAGGAAACGACUCGCACUACAAGUUGCGGGACACCUUUACUUUUUUUUUUUACUGAAUGUGCAGUCAGUUUAUAUGCUCUCACUGACUGUUAGAAUCUUUGAUACAGCAAAAUGGGUGAAUUUGGAAUCUUCUGCUCUCUUCACUGCUCCGUUUACAAAUGGUGAUUACUGGUGAUCAGGCUUUCUCAGUGAUGGCCCCUAAGCUUUGGAAAAAAAGUGUCAUGUUGGAGUGUGCCAGAUCCUCAAGAAGUUUGCUCAGUCUACUCUCAUCCAGCCCCAGUCUGCCUGCCUGCCUUUCUUCCUCACAACCAGUCCUGCUUCCCCCUCCUUGCCCUUGUAGAACUCAGCAAGGUGGAGGCUGGGUAUAAAACCAGAAUUGGUUGACUCUGCCUGUCAUUGGCUCUGGCUGUACCUAUGUGUUGGGCUCCCUACAUUCUGCCCCACCAGUUCCAAUGGGAGACAAGCACCAGUGAAUUUACUCUUCUAAGCAAGAUCUUAACAUUUUUGUAUUCUCUCUCUCUCUCUCUCUCUCUCUCUCUCUCUCUGUGCAUUGUUUUAUUGU